AUGGUUGAUUUGGAGAGCGAAGUGCCCCCUCUACCUCCCAGGUACAGGUUUCGGGAUUUGCUGCUAGGGGACCAAGGAUGGCAAAACGACGACAGGGUACAAGUUGAAUUCUAUAUGAAUGAAAACACAUUUAAAGAGAGACUAAAGUUAUUUUUCAUUAAAAACCAGAGAUCAAGUUUAAGAAUACGACUGUUCAAUUUUUCUCUCAAAUUAUUAAGCUGCUUAUUAUAUAUAAUCAGAGUGCUACUAGAAAAUCCAUCACAAGGAAAUGAAUGGUCUCAUAUCUUUUGGGUGAACAGAAGUCUACCUUUGUGGGGCUUACAGGUUUCAGUGGCAUUGAUAAGUCUGUUUGAAACAAUACUACUUGGAUACCUCAGUUACAAGGGAAACAUCUGGGAACAGAUUUUACGAAUACCCUUCAUCUUGGAAAUAAUUAAUGCGGUUCCCUUCAUUAUCUCAAUAUUCUGGCCUUCCUUAAGGAACCUAUUUGUGCCAGUCUUUCUAAAUUGUUGGCUUGCCAAACAUGCCUUGGAAAAUAUGAUUAAUGAUCUACACAGAGCCAUUCAGCGUACACAGUCAGCAAUGUUUAAUCAAGUUUUGAUUUUAAUAUCUACAUUACUGUGUCUUAUCUUCACCUGCAUUUGUGGAAUCCAGCAUCUUGAACGAAUAGGAAAGAAACUGAAUCUGUUUGAUUCCCUUUAUUUCUGCAUUGUGACAUUUUCUACUGUGGGAUUUGGAGAUGUCACUCCUGAAACAUGGUCCUCCAAGCUCUUUGUUGUUGCUAUGAUCUGUGUUGCACUUGUGGUUCUACCCAUACAGUUUGAACAGCUGGCCUAUUUGUGGAUGGAGAGACAAAAGUCAGGUGGGAACUAUAGUCGACACAGAGCUCAAACUGAAAAGCAUGUUGUUCUGUGUGUUAGUUCACUGAAGAUUGAUUUGCUUAUGGAUUUUUUGAAUGAAUUCUAUGCUCAUCCAAGACUCCAGGUACAUUUCAAGUAUAUUAUGUAUUGCACUGAAUCAUACCUAGAUCAUCAAACAAUUUUGAGAGCAUGGGCUGUGAAAGAUUUUGCUCCAAAUUGCCCUUUAUAUGUCCAGAUAUUAAAGCCUGAAAAUAAAUUCCAUAUCAAAUUUGUUGAUCAUGUUGUUUGUGAAGAAGAGUUUAAAUACGCCAUGUUAGCUUUAAACUGUAUAUGCCCAGCAACAUCUACACUUAUUACACUACUGGUUCAUACCUCUAGAGGGCAAGAAGGCCAGCAAUCACCAGAACAAUGGCAGAAGAUGUAUGGUAGAUGCUCUGGGAAUGAAGUAUACCACAUUGUUUUGGAAGAAAGUACAUUUUUUGCUGAAUAUGAAGGAAAGAGUUUUACAUAUGCCUCUUUUCAUGCACACAAAAAGUUUGGUGUCUGUUUGAUUGGUGUUAGGAGAGAGGAUAAUAAAAACAUUUUGCUGAAUCCAGGCCCUCGAUACAUUAUGAAUGCUACAGACAUAUGCUUUUAUAUUAAUAUUACCAAAGAAGAAAAUUCUGCUUUUAAGAACCAAGACCAGCAGAGAAAAAACAAUGUAUCAAGGUCAUUUUAUCAUGGACCUUCUAGAUUACCUGUACAUAGUAUAAUUGCCAGCAUGGGCACUGUGGCUAUAGAUUUGCAAGACACAAGCUGUAGAUCAACAAGUGGCCCUACCUUGUCUCUUCCUUCAGAGGGAGGCAAAGAAAUCAGAAGACCUAGCAUUGCUCCUGUUUUAGAGGUUGCAGAUACUUCAUCAAUUCAAACAUGUGAUCUUCUAAGUGAUCAGUCAGAAGAUGAAAGUACACCAGAUGAAGAAGUAUCCUCAAACUUAGAGUAUGCUAAAGGCUAUCCCCCUUACUCUCCAUAUAUAGGAAGUUCACCCACUUUUUGUCAUCUCCUUCAUGAAAAGGUGCCAUUUUGCUGUUUACGAUUAGAUAAGAGUUGCCAGCAUAACUACUAUGAGGAUGCAAAAGCCUAUGGAUUUAAAAAUAAACUUAUUAUAGUUGCAGCUGAAACAGCUGGAAAUGGAUUGUAUAAUUUUAUUGUUCCUCUCAGGGCAUAUUAUAGACCAAAGAAAGAACUUAAUCCCAUAGUACUGCUAUUGGAUAACCCGCCAGAUAUGCAUUUUCUGGAUGCAAUUUGUUGGUUUCCAAUGGUUUACUACAUGGUGGGCUCUAUUGACAACCUAGAUGAUUUACUCAGGUGUGGAGUGACUUUUGCUGCCAAUAUGGUGGUUGUGGAUAAAGAAAGUACCAUGAGUGCUGAGGAAGACUAUAUGGCAGAUGCUAAAACAAUUGUAAAUGUGCAGACACUAUUCAGGUUGUUUUCCAGUCUCAGUAUUAUCACAGAACUUACUCAUCCAGCCAACAUGAGAUUCAUGCAAUUCAGAGCCAAAGACUGCUACUCUCUUGCUCUUUCAAAACUGGAAAAGAAAGAACGAGAGAGAGGUUCUAAUUUGGCCUUUAUGUUUCGACUGCCUUUUGCUGCUGGGAGGGUGUUUAGCAUCAGUAUGUUGGACACACUCUUAUAUCAGNNUUUUGUGAAGGAUUACAUGAUUUCUAUCACCAGACUUCUGUUGGGACUGGACACUAUACCAGGAUCCGGGUUUCUUUGUUCUAUGAAAAUCACUGAAGAAGAUUUAUGGAUCAGAACUUACGCCAGACUUUAUCAGAAGUUAUGUUCUUCUACAGGAGAUGUUCCCAUUGGAAUCUAUAGGACUGAAUCUCAGAAACUUACCACAUCGGAGUCUCAAAUAUCUAUCACUGUAGAAGAGUGGGAAGACACCAAAGACAUCAAAGAACAAGGUCAUCACCGCAGCUGCCACCGCAACUCAACAUCAAGUGACCAGUCAGACCACCCUUUGCUGCGAAGAAAGAGUAUGCAGUGGGCCCGAAGACUAAGCAGAAAAGGUCCAAAACACGCUGGUAAAACAGCUGAGAAAAUAACGCAGCAGCGAUUGAACCUCUACAGGAGGUCAGAAAGACAAGAGCUUGCUGAACUUGUGAAAAAUAGAAUGAAACACUUGGGUCUUUCUACCGUAGGAUAUGAUGAAAUGAAUGAUCAUCAAAGUACCCUCUCCUAUAUCCUGAUUAACCCAUCUCCAGAUACCAGGAUAGAGCUGAACGAUGUUGUAUAUUUAAUCCGACCAGAUCCACUGGCAUACCUUCCAAACAGUGAACCCAGUCGAAAAAACAGCAUUUGCAAUGCCGCUGGACAAGACUCUCGGGAAGAAACUCAGCUAUGA